GGAAAGUCCUUGGAAAAGAGCGGAGCUAAGACGCGGUGUCGAGAAAAAGUGAGAACGCGGGACGGGAAAGAAAGAUGCAGCGUGGGAGGAGGGGAAAAAGGAAAGAGAGAGAGAGAGAGACCGAGUGCAAGAGCGAGAGAAUGCGAGAAAGAUGAAGAAAGAAGUAUUGAGGAAGAGGUACGAGGGUAUAUACCGAAGAAACGGGUGGUCGUUCGGUCGUACGUGAAGGGUCGGCGUUAGGCAGUUGGAACGUGGAAUAGCGAGGAAAAGGAUGGAUGGAGAGAGAAAAAGAAAUGAAGCGUGGUAGGGUGAGAGUAAGGGCAAAAGGACGACGAGGGGGUAUGAGAGUGAAAGAGGUGCGAGGGAGGUAGAGAGAGAGAGAGAGAGAGAGAGAAAGCUGGACAAGGGGUUGGUGUGCCUAGGGUCGCGCGAGAAGAGUGGCGAGGAGUGGGGAGAUUCCCUAGCAGAAACCAGUCGGGUCCCGGCCUCAGGUCGCGACGGGUGUUUAGUUUAUAGGCGAGCGCCGUACCGUACGGUCGACUCGCGUGCCGUUUCGUAUUAUAUUUCGUACGUUAGUUAUCGGACGGUGGCUCGAAAAUUUUCGACUCGAUUUUCGUACAGUUUGACACGGAGAGCAACGUGUUCACUAUCAGCGUGUUAAUUUCGAAGAGAGAAGAGUGAUAUUUUCUUGGUGAACGAAAUUUUCGAAGCAUGCGAACGUAUCGUUGGAACUACAGUGAAGUUAAUCGCGUGUGACGAAAUUGUACAACGUGAGUCAUAAGUGUAGCUGACUCCUACCGAUAAACUAAUAUAACCGUGGCAGCGUACACAAAACUCUCGUGUCUGGACGUACUUAGGAGACGGUUACGCGAGUACACAGAUAAUAAACAAACAAAAAACGAAGGCUUUCUUGGAACAGUGAUAGAAAUAUUUUCCCUGCGAGCAAUUUAGUGUAAACAUUAAAACUGAACGUUCGUCGUGCUCUUACCGUUAUUGUGCGCAGUUUGUCGUUGAUCGCGUUACAUUCAGUCGGGUAAACGGUGAAAUUCGGACCACACUCAAACGGUUUUUCGUUCGUGAUUUAGUGAGUGAGAGUGACAGAAAGUGUGUAAACAAGGCGAAAAGUGAAAAAGAAGAGAAGAAGGCUUUUUUUAUCCUUUUUUUUACCGGUCAAGAUAUCUUGCUAAGAUUCUUCCUGCCACUUGUACUUUUCUCGAGGAGCUCGACUAUUAAAACUGGCAGCAACUUCAGAGUACUUCGUUCACCGAGUGGUAAGCAUAUCUCCAUAACAUAUUCGAUCUGUUACUUUUCAAGGAAGGAAGCAAGCAAGCACUGUUGAUGUUCUGAGGCGCAUCGGUGGUAAAAAAAAAAAAAAAAAUGAAAGCCGUAAUCGCGACGUGUCUCCUCCUCUCUGUCACCGGCGUCCUCUCCGUCGAGUGGAAACACAGCGCCGUCCUGGACAAUAACUUCUUAGUUCUUUGGACGCCAGGCGAGAGGGAUGUGAUGUUCGAGAUUCAAGUGAAGACCCUCGGCUAUGUGGGUCUCGGUUUCACGAGGGAUGAUGGCACUGUUGGGGCUGACAUGGUCAUUGGAUGGGUGGACAACAACGGACAGCUCCAUCUUCAGGAUCGACACGUGAAGAAUUCGAGCAAGGAUCCCCAGAUGGACUCGAGCCAAGACUACUGCCUUCUACUGGGUUACGAGAACAAGACGCACACCGUUUUACGUUUCAGCAGGAGAUACGAUACGUGCGACCCGCGGGACCUCAAGAUCACGGCCAGGAGCGCAGUUCCGGAAGCGGGACCUCGAACCAUUGUUAUUUCUACGGCAGCCCACGGUGGAUUAAUCGAAUGAACAUCAAAUUAAGCGAUGCUCCGCCAUAACCGGCUUACACGGAAGAGGGCUUCGAUUGCAUAUUAAUAUCGCGCGGUUGGCCUCGUCCUUUGCUUUGAUAUUCACGGGCCUCAUCACCGCCUCUGAAAUUAAACUCGACUACAUCGUAGACGACACGCACGUGACAAGGGGCGGCCAGGUCUUACCAGAAUAUGCGCUGAUUCCCGCGCAAUACGCUUGUAAUUAGUUCAUUAGCGGCCACGUGUGUAUCCAAUCUCUCGUGUGCACGUAUGGUCGUCACACGAGCCACGUUUCGACGAAAUGCGCAUUCAAAUGUGCAUUUUUCAUAAUCAGGCUCGUUUCAGACGAAUUAUGCAAACGAGUAAUUAUUUCGUUAUCAGCUGGAUCCGUCGUAAACGAACGAACGGAGUUUCCAACAGGGUUGGAACGCAGACGGAGAGAUCGUCGAUGAAAGGGUAAAUAUUUCACAAUGGGAAUCGCUUCAAUCGUAUUCGCUUGGUGUAACGAAUUGAUCUAUUUAUUUUCUCCGGCAAAGAAGUGUACACAGGGAAACGAGAAACUCGGCCCAGUUUUGGAUAGUCAAAAUAAACGCCGCUCCCUCUGCAUCCGAUAAAUUUUCGCGACAAUGCGCGGCUGAGUCGGUGGUGAACUCUUGUGCCGGAUGGAAAACGCAAAAGUUUCGACACGAAACGACGAGGAUUCUCUUCUUUGAGGCUGGCGCGAGGAUUUGCGGUCGAUGAUAUUAUGCAAUCCUAGACUUGCCAAUCUGAACUCGAAUCGUCGCUUCGCGUACGAGACUCGUGGAUGCUUUUUCCACAAAGUAUUCUCUUUUUCGAACGAUAUGCAUCUUCUCGGAUAAAAAUGGGAUCAAAUGGAAAUUAGAUUAUCUAAAUUGAAAGAUUACCGGAUCGAGCACGAUUGAAUUUUAACUGUGACUUAUUUACCCGAACUAAUAAUCCAAGUAUGGAUCAGAGGAUUAUAGAAAUGAGUAGACAGAAUUACAAAAUAGUCGCGAUAUAAGACUUUUAUAUAAGACAAGGGAUGUAAAAAUAAAUCGGAUCAGAAAAUACCGUCAAUCGAUCUAACAAAAUCUAGAACCUUGUGCGAAGUGAAUUCAGGAACAAAAUCUAGGGAAAAACAGAGAGAGAGAGAGAGAGAGCAAAUUCUCUUCGCCAGCUUGGAGGAUAUGCACACGUGAACAUUACGGUAGGGAGAUUGGUGCGCCUUGCAAAGGGGAUUGGCUAGGUGACCUCGUUCUGCUUCUAUUCCCUUCCUAUCUGUACCCGUAUCUAGUUUACCACUUCGCCCCCUCCCCACCCUCUCCCCUGCUUGACUGGUUGACUGGCCGGCCCUAUAGUAGCCAACGCGAACUUCCUGAAUAAGGUCCUCCCUCGGCACUAGAACUGAUCGCUAUUCCGAAUGGUUCGGUACGAUGUAAAAGGAAAAUCGAAUUUGACCGAUGCCUUUGGGAUCGACGGGGGAGGGGAGGAGGGUUUAGAGGGCGAAGGGGGGAAGCGGGAGGGGAAAGUGGCCAGGUGGGCCGACGAUCUUAUUGGGUGGAUCCUCCGUGUACUCGUGGAGCGUCGUGGCAGGGGGCGCCAGGGGUAUUUCGCCGGAAGCUGCCUAUCCGCUACGACGGGAAAUCGAAUCAAGGAGAUUCCGCGGGCCCUCAGGCGCCAGAUUACGUGUACGUUUGGAGACAAUUAUCGGCAGAAAUUCGAUUCCUCGCGCGCUGCGGAAGAUCGAGUCUCUCCGCAGUUAAUCUCGAUCGAUCAACAUUCGAUGAUGGAGGAAACCUUUCACGAUUGAAAACGUACCAAAUUGAAAAUCGAACGUGUAAAAUUUUUUAAGGUUAUACGUUUUCGUAAAUUUUGAGGAAAGAAAUGUACAUGUAAUUUACAUAAUUCUAUCGAACAAAUAACUGUUUCGAUGAUCGUAGUAUUUGGUUUCCAAUUCGAUCCACGUGCUUCCCUUUCCCUCUUCACGAGUACUACUUCUGACAAACGUAAAAAAUUAAAUCGGGCAAUCGGAUCCAAGUGUAGUCCCCAUGUAGAACCAAUUACUUUUACGAGUUCCUCCUUUGCUCGAUCGGUACGAAAGCCAUCGAUUUAAUCGAGCAUAGGAACAAACGUGAGAUCGUUUCCCCCAAGUUUCUCCCGAAAAUGGGCGAGAAUUUAAAGGAACGUUACCCUGGGAAGGGGGGAAGGGCAACUUCCAAUUACGCUGAUGCCCUGUUCUCCCUCCCCUGUCUCUCGCGAUUUGCUCGAUUGUCAACAACAUGUUUGUUAAAAAAAAAAAAAGAGGCAAGCAGACGAGAUCGAAUGAAAAACCGACCGCCUGCCCACAGCUACCACACAGACAUGCAUACCUUGCCAACUAAUGACAGUUCGAAGAAGUUCCUCUCUCCCCUUCUUCCUCUCUAUAAGUUUUCCAAUCGGCCAAAAACUUGGGAACAGACAUUUACUUAGAAGAAUCCAGUCCAGGGGGCAAGGGAAGGGAGUCGUUUUGUUAUCGACGCGGCGAAAGUAGAUUUUCCGACGAGAUGGCCACGAUCAAUCGUAGCCCUUUCGAUCCCAUUCCAAUCAACGUUGCGUUCACCCUCGACCACUGGUAUCGAAACGACGCGAUAAAGUUGGAACAGGAAGGGUUCCAAUAAAGUUUCGAAUGCGUUACUAAACUCGAACCCUAUUCUUCUAUUUAUAUAUCAUGUUUCGACGCUCUCUGCUCAUACGCGUUCUACACUUCUUUGCACGCAGCAUCGUGAUAUCUUCGAUUUUCAUUCCAUUGAAUUCGAAUUGAAGAUGGGUCGCGAAUAAGAAAGGGAAGGAGAAUAAUCGUGUGGAUCGACGUAAUUACGAAUCGAAGGAGUAAAAUUAAAUCGUCCAACUUUAUUUCAGCCUGAAUGAGAUCGUUCGAGAUUUGGAAAAUUUACAUUAUUCGCGCGAUUCGAAACGAUUUUUCUUUCUUCGUCGCGUCUUUAUCGUGUCGAUCGAACGAGAUUGAAUUAAACGAGAAAUGGAUUAUAUUAUAAAAACUGUAUUAUAUCUUCAGGAAAAUAGAUUUUUGGAAACGGAUGUAUAGAAUAAAUAUUGUCUGCUACGUUAUAUUAUUUUAAAUAUUUCAUUGAAAAGCAAUUCGAUAUUACGAUUAACGUUAUAAUUCUAUAAUGUGUGGCAUAAGAAAAAAAGGAACGAAAGAUAUAGUUAAUCAAUACCUAUUACGUUUCGAUCAAUGCCUAUUGGAAAACAGAUAUUUUAUUGAAAAUUUAUUGAAUAUGAAUAUUAAAUGUGCAUUAUUUCCGGAUAAUUUACAGAUCGAACGAAAUAAUAAUUUAUAUAUUCUAUUUUCAAAUAGAAUCCGCUUGUAGAAACAUUUGUUUCAAAUUAUUCUAACCUGAUAUCCCGUUAGAUUUCCAACACAGGAUAAAUACAAUCAUUUUAACAC